UCGCUCGAAAUCUCUUUUGUGAUACGUUCUAUUAGAAUAUAAGAAUUAUAUGCGAGAAUGUCUGUAGGAAAAAAUCAAACUAAUGGCAAUGAAACACGUGAUGUCUUUCUUAAUUCUUUUCUUCAAUACACGUUUAUUGCUUACGCGCCAUUUUAUGCUGCGAUCUUGAAAAUGGCCUUAAGAUGUGUUUACUGUAGCAAAUGGACACGAUAAGAAGCAGCAUUGUAAAUUGCUCUUAAAUAUAAUUACGUAAGAUUAUGUUUACUCUUAUAUAUAUUCGUGUUAAGUCUGAUAAAACGGGCGUUGUAACAGAUGGGGUGAAACAUUCAAUGAAUCCUUUUGAUGAAAUUGCAAUUGAAGAAGCUGUUCGAAUGAAAGAAAAAAAAUUAGUUCAAGAAAUAAUUGCUGUCUCAUGUGGACCACCACAAUCUCAAGAAACUAUAAGAACUGCUCUUGCAAUGGGUGCUGAUAAAGGGAUUCAUGUUGAGGUAUCCGGACCAGAAUAUGAAACUCUGCAACCCAUUCAUGUUUCCAAAAUUUUAGCAAAAUUAGCUCAAGAUGAAAAAGUAGAUUUCAUUAUUGUUGGUAAACAAGCUAUAGAUGAUGAUUGCAAUCAGACUGCACAAAUGAUUGGAGGUAUUUUAGAUUGGCCAACUGGAACAUUUUGCAGUAAAAUUGAGAAUAAUAAUGGCGAGCUGACAGUUACACGUGAAGUUGAUGGAGGCUUAGAAGUUAUUAAAAUGAAAACACCAGCAGUAUUGAGUGCUGAUCUACGUCUUAAUGAACCACGUUAUGCUACUUUACCAAACAUUAUGAAAGCUAAGAAGAAACCAAUAAAAAAGAUGACACCAAAAGAUUUGGGUGUCGACACUGCUGCCAGAAUUGAUGUUUUGUCAGUUGAAGAACCACCAGUAAGACAAGCUGGCAGUGUAUUGCCAGACGUUGACAGUUUAAUUACAAAACUAAAGGAAGGUGGACAUGUUUAGACACUGUUGUUCAAUGUAUUGAUAAAUUUAUCUUAUUUUUAUAUUUAUCAUAUUUUUAUUAAAUUUUGAUGUAUACACAACAGUUUUUUAUACAUCAUCAAAUGUUGUAUGUUAUACAUGAAUAAAUUUUUAUCGCAUAAAAUAAAGCAGUAGGUCCCUUUACGAUACAACUACAUUCAUAAUAAAAUAUUAUAACAUUCUAUAUAUUUAUGUUUCUUUGGUAAAUAACAACACUGUCUUUUCUACAUUGAUUUUGUACUUCUAAAUUUUCACACAGUAUUCAUACUAUCUACUUUAGCAAAUGCCUAGAAUAUGUGUGAAGAUUGUAUUGUAAAGAAUAUAGUGGUUUUUAUAAAUUUAUAUGCAUAUAGAUCUUCUCAAACAGCAAAAUAAUCUUCUGGCAACUACAUUUGUAACAGAUCUUAGAUCUUCAAAAUACAUAUAGAUUCAAA